UCCGUGCAGGCCACCGCCGCCAUCGCGGCGGUCAUCACUUUCCUCAUCCUUUUCACCAUCUUCGGCAACGCACUGGUCAUCCUGGCUGUGCUGACCAGCCGUUCCCUGCGCGCACCGCAGAACCUGUUCCUGGUGUCGCUAGCCGCCGCGGACAUCCUGGUGGCCACGCUCAUUAUCCCCUUCUCGCUGGCCAACGAGCUGCUGGGCUAUUGGUACUUCCGGCGCACGUGGUGCGAGGUGUACCUGGCGCUCGACGUGCUCUUCUGCACCUCGUCCAUCGUGCACCUUUGCGCCAUCAGCCUGGACCGCUACUGGGCUGUGAGCCGCGCGCUGGAGUACAACUCCAAGCGCACUCCGCGCCGCAUCAAGUGCAUCAUCCUCACCGUGUGGCUCAUCGCGGCUGUCAUCUCGCUGCCGCCCCUCAUCUACAAGGGAGACCAGGGUCCGCAGCCUCACGGGCGCCCUCAGUGCAAGCUCAACCAAGAGGCAUGGUACAUCUUGGCUUCCAGCAUCGGGUCUUUUUUUGCUCCCUGCCUCAUCAUGAUCCUGGUUUACCUGCGCAUCUACCUGAUUGCCAAGCGCAGCCACCGCAGAGGUCCCAGGGCCAAGGGGGGCCCUGGACAAGGUGAGUCCAAGCAGUCUCGUCCUGUCCUUGGGGGGGCUCCAGCCUCAGCCAAGGUGCCACCCCUACCCUCGCCUCUGUCUUCUGCCGGAGAGGCCAAUGGACACCCCAAGCCCAAUGGGGAGAAGGAGGAGGAGGAGACUGCUGAAGAUCCUGAGACCAGGACUCUGCCACCCAGCUGGGCUGAGCGGCCCACCUCAGGCCAGGGCCAGAAGAAGGGUGUUGGUGUGACACCCGCAGAGGAGGAAGCUGAAGAGGAGGAGGAGUGUGAGCCUCAGGCGGUGCCAGUCUCUCCUGCCUCGGUGUGCAGCCCAUCUCUGCAGCAGCCACAGGGCUCCCAGGUGCUGGCUACCCUGCGUGGCCAGGUGCUGCUGGGCAGGGGUUCGGGUGCUGUGGGUGGGCAGUGGUGGCGUCGGCGGACCCAGAUGACCCGGGAGAAGCGGUUCACCUUCGUGCUGGCUGUGGUCAUCGGUGUCUUUGUGCUGUGCUGGUUCCCCUUCUUCUUCAGCUAUAGCCUGGGCGCCAUCUGUCCUCAGCACUGCAAGGUGCCCCAUGGCCUCUUCCAGUUCUUCUUCUGGAUUGGCUACUGCAAUAGCUCGCUGAACCCCGUCAUCUACACCAUCUUCAACCAGGACUUUCGCCGUGCCUUCCGAAGGAUCUUGUGCCGCAAGUGGACCCAGACGGCCUGGAGGCCCUGCUGCUGCUGAGGAGGAGGAAGAAUGAAGACCGUUUGUUCACCCACAUUGGGCACCAUGGAUCCCAGUGGGCACCAGGAGGGUUUAUAGGAUGCCACUGACUCUGGGCUCUUCUCUCUCCCUUCUGCUUUGGGGUCUGUGGCUCCUUUAAAGAACAGAACCUUGGAUCAGUACCUGGCCCCCUCUGGGAGGCGGAUGGGCACGUGGAAGCCUUGAUGGGAGCUCCCCGAUCACUGGCAUUCACCCCCCUGAAAAAACCAGGCGACAAUAGCUUGCCGCCUACUUGCCACAGAGAGAUGAAAGGCUUUGCAGAAAGCUUUGAGCUCCGUGGGGGAACACACUGGAGAACCAGCAGAUGUGAUUAUCCGGUGACAUAAAAAUCCCUUUUCUGUGUGUUUGCCACCAGCCGCCUUCCUGGAGACUCUUGUUCUGUGUCCAGGGUGUGUGAAUUCCUGCUCCAGCCUGGAAGCAGGGAAAGGCACACUAUUUUGAGUUCCAGAAAUUCUUUGAGAAUGUGUUCUUAUGCCCACGAAGGUUUGGGUUAUUAUGCUGGGUGACAGCUUCUUGACAUGUCACCUGCAACACUAAGCAGCUUUUCGGUGGCUUUGGCUCCCACCCCAAGGGGGAUAUGUCUUUUGUCUUCAGUAGGCAAAGUGUUUCCCCGAGACAGCUAAAAAUACCUACACCAUGGAAGCAGUCUGUGCGGAGAGCCCAGGUGGGUGGCAGAACCCCCUGGUGGGGUGCUGGGGCUGCAGCAGGCAAGCUAGGCCCUGUGGACUCCCCAGACUCCCCCGGGAGCUGCCUGUGCAGUGCCCAGGGUAGGCCUUUGGGCAAGCUGGGCCCCUGUGCAGCAUAACUGGUUACACCCAGGAGGGUCCCUUGCUGAUGCCUAGAGUUCUGCCUUGACAUGUGCCAUGGCAAAGGGCCUUACCCUCAUGGUUCUUUCCCUGUCCUGAACCUGGUGCCUGAAACAAUUGGACAUCUAGAAAGUACAUUGCCCAGUCGUCCCCUUGGUCUGUCUAGCUGCACACUGGGCCAGCAUGCCCCCUAGUGUGGGAGCAGGGGUGGGUUGAACGACUGAGGCUCUUAGCAUUCUGAUGCGCCUGCCAGAUUGGAAAGGAUGCUGAGGGAGUUUCCUGGGGUAGAGAGAAUGGUGGGGACCAAAGAGAGUUCCCCCCACCCCUGGGGAGGAGGCCUGUCCCACCUGGUUCUCCCUUGGUUGCAGUUGUGAGCCAGGACAUUGUCCUGGGCUGUGGCCCUCAGCUGUGACAGGGAGGCUGGGCCCAGGGGACCGACUGAUUGGUGACCAUCUGCUGGCUAAUCGUGUGUGACCCAGGGGACCCUCGGCAGUAUGGCUUGUAACAUGCAACUGUUUUUUAAAAGUGAGC